AUGGAUGAGCAUUCAUCAUCUGCAUGUGAUCAUGAUCACCAAGAUUAUGCACAUGCACCACCAUCCGUGAUGAAGAUCUUCGGGUUCUCGCUGCGAAAUGACCAAAAUGCCCCCGCGCCGCCGCUAGACCUCGAGAGCAAGAGGUUUGAGUGCCAGCAUUGCCACAGGAAAUUCGCCAACUCGCAGGCAUUGGGUGGCCACCAGAACGCGCACAAGAAGGAGAGGCAAAGGGCGAAGCGGGCCCACUUCUUUGCGGACCACCGGCGCAUGGGGGCGGCCGCGGUGCACCUGAUCGGGCCCCACGGAGCCCGGUCUGGCGGCGGGGGUGGGAGGCUGCUGCUCCCAUCACAUGAUGGGCAUCAGCCACAGAUUGUACCUCGUGUUUUGUCCGGGGUACCCCUGAGGUACCACGCGGCCCAACCGCAUCCCAGCCGGGGUGAGGUGGGGCCACAGAGACAGGGGCUGACGACAGAUGGCAGCGAGGGAUUGGAUGUUGAUCUGCAUCUGUGA